AUGGCUGAUGAUAAUAGUGCACGUCGCGAUUCGUCCCAUCGUGAUUCUAUCCGUCGUCAGUCAAUGAUACGUAGUCGUCGUCAAUCUUCAUUAAAUUCUAUACCACGCAGUUUUGAUCGACGUUUGAUUCGUUACGAAAAUACUUAUCGUAUGGAACCAGAUCAAGAUAGAAAAAUAGAUAUUGGCAAAGUAAAACGUAUUGCUCAAAUGGUUCUUGAUUCCGCUGUUAAAGAUUAUGUGUACGAUGCGCAAAAUGCAAAAUUACUUGUUGGUCGUUUAUCUGAUCAAAUACGUAAUCAAAUGAAACAAUUACCAGCAAAUAGAUUUAAAUUUAUAACACAUGUAUCCUUAGGACAAAAAAAACAUCAAGAUUUAAGAGUUACAAGUAGAUGUUUAUGGGAUGUUAAAUGGGAUAGACAUAUAACAGUAUCAAAAGAAGGAAAAGAUUUUUAUGUAACAGCAACCAUAUUCUGUGUUUAUUCGGACUAG